AAAGGGGGUUGGCAUGCCCAGUUAGAGUGGCAAAGUAAUGUCUUCAUAAACAGACAUUUUUAGAGCUUUUAAAUUUUUGAUCAAGAAAGAGCACGGUGAAGGACGUAAGUUAAAUUUGCUGUAGAUUUCUUGUGAUAAUGUAUGGUCAAUGAAAAUUUUCUUACUGUUAUUUUUCCUUGGUUAUCUGUAAUCAUGGGGCUAUAUCUCAAACAGACCUAACUUAUUUUGCACAUUCAGUUCAGAGUUGUUUUAUGGUCUUCUCUCGGGUUAUACUUUCGAAAUCCAAAAUUCUAAAAAUAGAUUUUGUGACGUCAUCGUUUCAUUAGAAGCGAGGCUGUAAUAAUGCUGGCCUAAGAAAUGAAAACUGGCUCGGUGCUUUCAGUGUGCGUAAGGUCUGUUAUUGCUAUUUACGCAAAGAUCGAUACAAAGCAUAAUCAAGCUUCCACUUUUACCCAAAUUUUUUAUUGAAAAGAUCAUGGAAAGGUCAGAAAUCUAAUUCGGAGAAGGACUAAAUCAAAAGGACACCAGCAAGAGGCCUGGCUUACCACCAGAUUUUUGGCGGGAAAUGCUCGCCCGGCUUGUCCCAGGCAAGUACACUGUACUGUUAUGCGAAAUUCUGUUUGUUACUUUCAACCUCACGUCAAUAAAUGGCUGAGGAUCUCCUAAAUGCUCUAAUAGAGGGAUCAAUCGAUCACAAUGCAAUUAUUAAUGGGAUUAAGCAUGAUGAAAUUUCAUCGAACAACAACAUUCAACUGCAUCAGGAUGAGUUCAGUAUCGUGAGAGAGUUAGUGCCACAUUUUCUGAAUUUCGUAAAGGGCAAACUUUCGCGCAACCUUUCAGAACAACAACUAGCUUCUUGCUCGCCUAAGAGGUCUGCUUCUUUAAGUGCAGCUAGUCGAAAAAAUGGAAUUCGUACGCGAACAAGUUUGACAUCACGUUUCAACAAUGAAGAUGAGAAGCAAAAAUCAAAAAGUUUUGACGGAGGUUCCAAGUCUCUUGAAAAUUCUCUAUCGUUCAGAUCAAAGGAGAAUGGUAGUAAAAGCUUGAAUAGAAAGGGGAACCAUUUGAAGAAACCAAAGAGGGUGGGCCUAAAUGGUAUAAACACCAGCAAUGAGCCAAUGCCAGAGAAGAAAUUCAUUUCAAGAGGUUUUGAUGAAAAUAACAAGUUAAUGCACUCUCCACUCACUUCAACGCCACAAAUAAACAGGCAAAAUCAGAAAAGAAGGAUUACACCUACUCUUGUUACUCCAGACAAAGAGCCACUACAGAAAAAUAAUGAAACUAGAAGUCUUUUUGAAAGCUCACCAGUGAUAGAUAUUUCUGAGUCAAGUUUAGAUUCUAGCGAAUCAUCUUGCAACAGUUCACUGUUUGAAAAGAAAAUUAAAAACUUUGAGAAGUCAAUGAGAAAUAGAAAGCGAAACACAAACAAGAUCCCUCUAUCAGCUUUCCUUUCCAGUGAAGAGAAGAAGAUACCAGCUGUAUUAGCCACCUCAACACCAAAUGAAAUAGCUUCAGAAAUCGAAAUGUUGUCAGUUAAUGAAAGCUUAGAGGAAUCUUCUGAAAUUAAUCAAAGUGUUGAUCAGUCUUCCAGUAUGUGUCUUAAAGAGUCCUUCAUCGAUGAAUAUUCAGAUGUUGUUUCUAUUGAACAUAUAUCAGACAAGAAACAGUUGGAUGCCUUUGUUGAGGUUUAUAAAUUUAUAUUGCUUGAAAACCUGAUCAGUAAUAUUUGUAUGGAGCUAUAUUUCCUGUUCAGUGUUGUUAAUUGCAAUAUUAGAGAUAAUCAACCAAAAGAAAAGGAUGAAGUAAUAUUUGAAUCUGUUGAAAGCUGUAUAUAUUUUGCUGCCAAAGUUCUUGAUGGAGUAACCUCAUUGACUGCAAUAUUGGAUAUGGGAACACUCAUUCAGAUUUCACAGAACAAGAGAUUACAAAGUUUUGCACCAGAUCUAGUCCAGUUUUCAAAGAUUGAGCUGAAUGAAUUGGGAUCAUCAAGUGGCUCAAGUAUUAAAUUGUUUAACACCUCAACAUCUCUUGGUGUUCCAUUUCUUAUUGAAGGACACAAUCGCAAGACGUUUAUAAGUGAUCGCCAUUUUUAUUCAUUUUCUAAGAUGAGGGACAAGUUUUAUGGGCUGGUACGAGUUUGGGAAGAAAAUCAUGCCAACCAUGCAUGGCAUCUGGAAAAAGAGCUUGGUGAACAGUUUCAAAGUUUUUUCUUUGAAUUCAGAGAAUUCCCUGCUUAUGCACAGUUCAGCCAGCUUUUUGUUGCACAGCUAAUAGAACUUGGCUCACAAGACUUUUCUGUAAUUGGAAAUAGAGACGACAGUGUAUCUACUAGCCUCCUUACAUACAUGAAAGAGACCAACCCUGAAAAGCUACAGCAGCUACAAAAAAGAUUUGUGGUACCAAUGAUAUUGCAGGGACCUUGCCCAAAGCCAUACUUCUCAGAUGCAGAAAUGUUUUUCAGACUGUUUGCUGAAAGGUCUUGCAAUUAUCAUUUCUCAAUGCAUUUGAAGGAUGCAUUACUCUUUCAUCUGCUUGAGAUAAAUAAGUCCGACUUUCAAUUGGAAAGUGGGAAUUUGGAAAGCAAUGAGGACACAGAUUCUAUGCAGCAAGUAAGAAGAGAUUAUUCAAUGCAUAUCGCAAAGGCAAGAACCCUUGCUAAAUUUUUAGGAUUUGUUGUCUUUUCUCCAUAUGAAACAGACAGCAGGUCAAAAAGCCAAACAGAAGAAUUUGGAGAAGCAAAAGCAGACAUUCAGCCAUUUGAUCCACAUGCAAUUUUGUGUCAAGCGAACCAGACUAGAAGAUUGAUUGUAACAAUACCAUGGCUUGUACUGUAUCUUAGUAUGAUGGAUGAAUUGUCACUGAAACGAAAAACCAAUUUGUCCACUUUUCAAUACUUGGCUUCCUUAUACAGAUUACCUUGUUAUAAGUUCAAAGAAAAAGGCACAUUUCUUAAUCAUGUUUUCAUUCUUCUUCAUCUUGGGUGGCUGUUUGAACAGCCAAAGAUAGCUGCAGAAAUACCUUUUUACCAAAUGCUUGUACAAAAAGUGGAUGGUUAUAAAGAUUCACCAAAGGAUUGUCUUUCUUUAGAUGACAGUGGCAUUAUUUCAAAGUCAGUCCUGAUAAGAUUUUGCCCAUAUCUCAGUGAGUUAAAAUCAGUUUUGAUGAGCACAGGAGUAGGUGCAGUUAGAAAGAUAAAACCACUGACACACAGAGAAAAGAUAUCUUCUUCUGUUGAUACAAAACAACAGCUAAAAGAUACAAUGAUUCACGACUUCUUCAAAUUCAAGCCUAAAUAUUUCAAGGAAACCACAGAUUUUGUAGCUGAGAGAUUUUGCAGCAAUAUGAAGGCAAAGGCUGUAACAGAACUCAUCCCAGAUGCUGUGAAAAAGGCUGUUGACUAUAUCGAGAGAAACAUUGUAACUGGUGUUGAUGAUGUUAUAGAGUUUGGUGAUUUAAAGCAGAAAAAUGAUCCAUUUUUUAAGCAAGCACUUUUGUCAUCAAAGUCAGAGCUUGUUAAUGCUUUCAUUUGCCACUUUCAUGAACAUUGCAGUACCAAUGCUUUUGUGGUACUUUCAAAAUUAUUGACAGAUGACAUUCAUGUGAAAGUUGUUGAAGCAGCUGCAAAAAUUGUAUGUCAUGAUGUUUUACAGGAACUAAAAAAGUGGAUUGAUCACAAGUUGACUGAAACAUUUGAAAAGGAACUAUUUGCAGCCUACACUAGACUUCUGAUGGGUCGAGUGAAAAGACACAACAAAUCAGUCAACGAGUCUCAUUGAUGAUGACUUUUAAUGUAAAACCAAGUUUUCAAGUUUAGUAAUGUAUGUAGUUUGCUCUUUAAUUUUAGAAUUAUGUUUUCAGGUAUUUGCUAAAUUUUAUUUGAAAUAGCCAUAAUAGGAUACUUAAAGGCUCCGUAUGAUCAAUUUUUGAAUCUUUGAUAUUUUAAACUUUACUCUCCUUUUAAAUUUAUUAUAGUGAUAAACGUUAUAACUGCAAAGCCCUACAAUAUAAUGUUAUUUCUAAAACAUGCCUGCCUUUAACAACAGAAUUUGCUAAACUUAAAAUUUUCUUCCUCAAGUCUCUUAAGCUGGAUACACUUUAUGUUGACUAUUAUGAUGAUUUUUGAUAGAUUCAAAUAUCCUUAUUUAAUCCACUUAGAUCUCUUAAAUGGGUUAAUUAGCUCUUAAGCCUUUUAUUAUCAUUGCUAUUAUCAUUGCAGUAAAUAUGUUUGAAGUGUACAUAGCUAGGGAUGGAUUUUAGCGGCAAUGAUUUGAGGUGGGGGUGUUAGAUGAUGAUUUUAUUUUGCUGUCACACCCUUCAUGUGACUGGAAAACGAUGGAAACGCCCAUUUUUGAAAUUAAGUUUGUAACUUUAAUAUAAGGAAGAUAGAUGAAGUAAUUUUUUGCAUCAUUUCGAUACUACUGUAUAUCAAAAUUGCUUUUUACAGAAUUAAAGCAAAGUUUACAGAAGAACACAAUAUUAUUAGCAUCACACCUCCACAUCCCCCGGUAAAUCUGUCUUUAUAUAUAGUCUUUAUAUAAACUAGGCUGGCCAUAAAAUUCAUAAGUUUUAAUAAGAAUAGUUUAAAUAGAUUGAUCUUUAUUUUCAUAUCCUUUAUUUUUGAUAACUGAUCCUUUGCUUUUGUUUUUUAUCAUAGCUUUAUUCUCAACCGUGUUGACAACUCACGUUUUUCAGUCAUGUCAUUUCAUUGAUUAUAUGUUUUGUAUGAGCUCUAUGUUUUAAUAUC